AUGCUCAACGAGAAAACGCGGCGGAUGACUGUGGCCAUUCAAAAUGAAGGGAGAGAGUUAGUGUUUGGGUGUGUAGAAGGUGAAAAUGAAAUCAUAUCAAAGAUGUUGGAUGAGCUUGGGAAGAGUGUUAAAAACUCGAAUGUGAUAUUUAAAGGGAUAGUGGAGCAGUGGAAGAAGUGUGUAGAGCUUGAAGAUGAGAAGAAGCAGUGGGUUGUUAAAGCGAAAAGCAUUUGGGAGAAUAUACAAAGGAACAAAGAGGGGAAGUGGAGCGAAUUGAAAGAAGUAUUAAAGAAGGAAGUUGAUGAGGAGAUUUGUUAUACCGAUGACAUAACGAUUAUCGAUGAUACAAAAGACAACGAACAACCAAAUGACACAAAAGAAGGUGAGAAGGACGAUUUGAAGGAAAAAGAAAAAGUCAAAAGCAUUGAAAAGCGGGCUGGCAUUCAAACGGAAAAGAAACAGAAGAGCUCCAAAGAGAAGAAACGGAAAAGUUUGAAAAUCGAACAGACUUCGAAGUCACACAAGUGUUCGACAUCAUUAAAAAAAAGAAGAAGACAUUCAAAAAUCGCGUUCAAAGACACCUCCGUUGGCUUCUUCUCACCCAAAUCCUUCGACUAUCGAUGA